AUCUUAAAAUUGACCAGAUUAAAGGGACCAAAACCAGAGAGAACGCAAAACAUCAUGUCGUUUUGAGCUACUGUGUCCCCUUAGCUUCAACCUCCAAUGCCGCAACGUCCUUGAUUGAAGUUAACAAAAGCCAAAAAGACCGCAGCUUUAAGAGCAGAGAUGUCAAAGUUGUUCUCCAGAAUUGCUGGUUUUUCAACAACAGAACAUUCAUAGGUGUAGAUAAAGCUGGGAACCGUUACUUCACUAGAAAAGAAAAGAUUGAUGGUGUUUUAAAGGAGAAAAAGAUGGGUGGAAUUCAAAGGAGAGCAAGAUCAACUUCUAUCCCAGUAGAAUGGAUAUGUUGGUUGAAUGGGCAAGGAAAGGUAGCUCCAACUCCAGAGGAAAUGAUGGAACUUGAAGCAAGGUGUGAACGUGUUCGGCUUAAUGUUGCCCUUUUGAAGAAGGAAGAAGAAGAAAGGAAAGCUAGAGAAGGCAAUAAAAAGGCCGUGAGCUCGGGUAAAGUCGGGGGUCCAGACUUAAAAAGCUUCAUUCGGCAAUUUCAAUCUGCUUCAAAAGGUGAAAAAGUUGAAAGAGAAUCGGAUGAGAGGUGGGUGAAAUACAACUUGUUGAGUUGUUUAUCAUUGCGGCUUUAUCUUUACCCUAAUCCGAUUCCUAUGCCGGAUUCCCCUUUCGUUUUUACUACCACUGCAGUCUGCAUUGCACCAGCGACUGUCGUUUUGUUUCUAUUUUUUGUGUAUCUGGUAAAAUGAGUUGCCAUUGGAACUUAUUUGAUCUUCUUUUUAUUGUAUCAUGAAAAUUGCUUGAUAAUGUGAAUGCUUCGGCAUCACACCUCGUAUUUACAGGCCCAAAGAGACGCAUGAAGAGAAAGAAGAGCCGUUUCCAGAGUCUUCAGAACCAACAGGGUCCGGCACAUCCUAUAAGCCAGGAACAUGGCAACCACCGUCAUGACGAUAAUCAAUGCAUGUUAAGAGAUAUUGCCAGCACCAUAACACCUACAGUUCCUACGCUUUGGUCCGUGGCUACUCUGAUAUAAACCGCCAUUGUUGUCUGGUUAAGCCUGAACUCUGGCACACUAAACGCAUUCUUUAGCUGAUUGCAUUUGAAACUGAUAUUUGAUUCUGAGUUUCGAUCGGUCAAAGUUUAUGUUCGGAUUUUAUCCAUCGAUGUAUGAUUUUGGGGGUAACCUUAAACCUUUUUUGCAUCAUGUUGUAGAGGGGAUGAAAUCUUGAUUAGUGUUCUUUCGGUCACUUCUCUUGGAGCAAUAUAAACAAUGUCAUUCACUCAUCUUAGGUUUGCUCAAAAGAACAG